CAUCGCCUCCCUUUCUAUAUGAAGCCUACCAAUCCCCCGUCAAUCCCCUUGUAGCUAGCUCUCUCUAUUUCUCUAUUUCCCCCUCCUUUGUUACAGCCAUCGCAAUGUCUCCUCCAACCGCCACCGACCAAGGCAGCCGCCCAGCCCCUCCCCCACCGCCCCCGCCGGAGGAUCCUCAUUCCAAAAUCUCCCCCUUUGUUCUCAAGCUGAGGAGUGCUCCUCGCGGUUACUUCUACGAAGCACCAGAACCGUCUCCCUGGGUGGAUUUGUUUGAUGCCCCGACGGGUCCAUACUUCUUAUAUGGCACACUGACAGACCCUUCCAUGAUCGCGGAAAUUCUCGGCCUAGACGAGGAACCCACUCUGCGACCCGCUUACAUCAUGGGCUAUCGAUGUAAGCUGUGGGGUCAAUACCCGGUCUACCAUGUCCGCAGUGUGGAAGAUGGUGAGAAACUGGCGGCGUAUGAGACGAACAAUUAUCGCGCAAGCCCGUGUAUCAUCAUGUAUACUGAUGGCAAGGAGCCGGUGAAGGAAUACGGCUCGACUUUCAAGUUUGUGGGUAACAAGAAAGAUUUGAGUGAGGGGGUGUUUGAUCUAAGGGUGUGGUUGAAGAUGAUGGGGAGACAUGCGGCGGUGGAGAAGCUGGAUGCUGCGAAGAGGAUUGCUGUUCCGGAAUGAAUUCUUUUGUCUUACGUCUUGUAUUUCAUGGCGAUGGAGGAUUUGGAGGCAAUUAAUGCAUAACGGUUAAAUGGGCGUGUGGUGUGGAUGAUAUCAGAUACAGCCAGCAGACAAAGAAUUAGGUCUGGGUAUGUGCUGCUGAUACAUAGCCUCUUAUACUGGUCAAGCUCCUUGUGAUCGCGACAUGGAGUCCGUACCGUCUUGUUGCCUAGGACUAACGUGCAAAUAUUCUUUGAAGAGGGC